UGCUCGAGACCAACAGCAAAUUUCGGCUGUGCCUUUGUAUGUCCUAACAAGCCCAUAGUGGAAGACCGGCCCGGUCCACGAAACCUGUUCUCUCCUGUUAACGAUUCCAUAGAAAUACGCCGUCGUGCGUCAUUGCUUACACGAUAGUGACCACGCACGCCGCGGGCCGGCAAACCGUACCGUCGCCGGAAGAUUCGUAUUGCUUGCUGCGUUUCGACUUUGGAUUGGACCCGUCCCCUUGCGACCAACCGAACCGCCCCUCAAUCGUCUCUCUGAAUCAUCCCUCUCGCACUCUCGCGCUGCACGUGCUCUCCUCCACGGGCCACCACCACAAACCAAACGCGAGCGCGACGCACGCGCGCAAAAAGAAGAUCCAGCGCAGCGAGCGCGACGACAUAAUGGGGCAGAGCCAGGGGAGAGCGGGCAGAGCCAAACCAGAGACGCGGCACGCGACGCGGGAGGGCGAGCAGCAGCGGCGGCGCGGCGACAUCGCGAGGCCAGGGCCAGAAGCAACAGCCGAGGAGGGGCAGCAGAGGCGACCGCCGAGAGUCCCGGCCACCAUGGACACCUUCUUCCUAUCGCACGGCUCGCCCACGCUCUCCAUCGACGACAGUAUCCCGGCGCGGCACUUCUUCAAGUCAUGGGUGCCGGCGAAGGUCGCGGGCGACCAGCCCCCGCGCGCCAUCCUCGUCGUCUCGGGACACUGGGAGACGGCCACGCCGGCGGUCAACGUCAUCCGCGGCAGCAACGACACCAUCUACGACUUCUAUGGCUUUCCCAAGCCCAUGUACCAGCUCAAGUACCCCGCUCCGGGCGCUCCGGACUUGGCCCUGCGGACCGUAGAGCUCCUGGAGCAAGCCGGGUUCGGCCCCGUGAAGCAGGACCACAGCCGCGGGCUCGACCACGGCGCCUGGGUGCCGCUGAUGCUCAUGUACCCGGACGCCAGCAUCCCCGUGUGCCAGCUCUCGGUGCAGACCGACCGCGACGGCACGUACCACUACAACCUCGGCAAGGCGCUGGCGCCCCUGCGGGAGGAAGGCACCCUCAUCAUCGGCUCCGGCAGCGCCACGCACAACCUGCGCAAGAUUAGCCCGUCCGACGCGCCCGUGCCGCAGUGGGCCGCCGAGUUCGACACCUGGCUCAAGGACUCGCUUCUCAACGGAAGGUACGAGGACGUGAAGCGGUACGAGGAGAAGGCGCCGCACGCGAGGGUGGCGCACCCGUGGCCGGACCACUUCUACCCGCUGCACGUCGCGCUCGGCGCCGCCGGGGACGGCGCGAAAGCGGAGCAGAUCCACCAGUGCUGGUCCAACGGCACGCUCUCCUACGCGUCCUACAGGUUCACCACCAACACCUGACGCGCUGCUCGUGGUGUCGGUGGAAUACCACCGUCCCGCCCGGCCAGCUGCUGAAUUCGGGGGAAGCAUCCAUCGACGGGUGUGGCACUGGCAGCAUUGCACAUACUGUAUUUCUAAUAAACCCCCGUGUGCCUGCCGUUCCGUUCGCGGUAGAUAUGCGUUUGUUAUUGUUUUGCAUUGUUUGGUGCAGCAGCUUAGGCUGAUUGAUUGCCUGCAUGGUGGUGCCGGGUUCUCGCUGGCCUAGCUGAAGCGUGCAUUCUAUCGAGAAACGUUUUGUUUGUUAAUGUAUUCUAUCAUCGUUUUUAAGAGUUGAAGGCCUUCAUCAA